AGUAACCGAGCGAACAUCGAGACGCAACAAUCCACUUAGUACCAGCAGCUCUUCCACUCGCGUGUUGUACUAUUGAUCGGGAGCGUUUGUCGAGGCUACGACGCGAAGGAUGGGAAUAUUUCGGAGAUUUCCAAUAGUUUUCAAUCUUUACAAGAAGUACAGUUAGCUCGCGGCUAUUUGCGAAAUCGCGUUUAUACGAGGCAGGUGGGAGCUUCCAAGUGACUGGGAAAGAGACACUAAACCUUCAAUUACACUGACACUAAGGAUAAUUUUCGAGUGUAUUCCCUGAGGGAAGCGAACUUCACGUGAAGAUAAAAAGAAAAGACAUCGAUCUUUUAUACGGCAAACACAUAUUCGAACGUUGCUAAGAUGUCGCAGAUGUCGGAGAUCAUGGAGCAGAAUGAUGGCCUAAAGAGGAAACCAACUCUUGUUAGACGAGUGUCCGAUAUGUUUAAAGAUGGAAACUACAGCGGGCCUCCGAUGCUCUUCCGACACGCGUCGAUGCAGAAGAUUCGCCAUUGUUGCCAGAAUCUGAAUCUACUGCCGUAUCUCCUUUACUCCUUCGACAAUUCCAAGUCGCAUCCGAUAGCGCGCAAGAUGCACAUCUAUCUCAGCUAUUUCUUCCAGGAGAUCACGAUCAGCCUCCUGGUCACGUAUGAGAGCUUACGUCGCUCUGUCUUGCACGGAAUUCGCGCCGAGAAGCCGACCAACGCACAAAAAGUGACCGCAGAAACGAAUGGCGAUCUUGCUAAACCUACCGCGAGGUUCAACAGGUUCAAGAAGCCAAAACGCAAGCACUCGUGUUAUCUGGCCGCGGCUGUGUAUCUCGUGCCGUUGCUGCUCCUCCUCCAGAUGACGGCCUUAUGCAGCCUGACGAUUUUUGGCAAGUACACUCCCGGUUUCAUCUUCCUGAUUGCCUCGCUGCUCUUCCUCGGCGGCAUUGCAUUUAAAAUACUAUUACACCAGACCGUGCUGUACGACGUCAAGAGAUGCGCGAGGAAAAAGAUGCAGUGAUCUUCCGCCGUUUUUCACUGUCACUUUAUCGUUUAAGUUUUAAGGACAACAAAGUGGAGAAGACUCCGCUCACACGAAGUGUUCGUCGUACGUUACGUGAUAUCAAAUAUUACUUUCUGUGCAUAAUCGACACGAUAUUAAAACAUAUGUUAACAUGUUCGCAUAAAACCCCGACAUCCCCUCUUCCAUUUGUCUUAAUAUAACGUUUUUUUUUUUUUUUUAAAUGUUUCCACGAUCAUCUAUAUUAUUCUUCCUUUUUUUAUACGUUGUUAAAACCGUUAAGCAAAGAUCGCGUAGAUGCGUAGGAUAAGAAUACAUUGCGAUGAGAAGAUAUCUUGUUAUAAGUUAUAAAGCAUAAAAAUGCAAUAACAUAUUUUAAGCAUAAUCUUGAUUGUUCUCAAGCGUUACUCUGAGAGGACCGUGAUGGCACUCUUCUUUAUGGAGCAGUUAUUGCGAGUAUCUUUGUUCUCUGUAGCAUAAGACUGAGAAUUUAUUUUUAACGUACAUGUUUGUAAAUAAACGUGUGAAUGAUAUAUAUUAUGUAUAUAUAUGUAACAGAAGGUGGAUUUGUAUAAAAUUGUCCUGUUGCGACACGAAGAAACGAUAGAAAAUGCAGGACCUUGACGUGUCCAUUGAAAGUUAGUCCGAUCUGUGAUGGUGUGGGUACAAGUGAUAUCUCGCGGGCACUUGCAAUACCACUUAAUUACACACGAUAAGAGUUUACUUUAUGCGUAGAGUCGAAAUCUAAAAAUACGACCACAGCAAUCGUACCUAUCGAUAUUGUUUUCUACGGAAAAUAAAGAAACUGAUGAUACUUUCAU